AUGGAAUUCAUCCCAAUAAAGUUUAUUAUUUUAUUCAAAUUUCGAACUAAUAACGGAGGUGAGCCACAAGAGGACUUGUUUUAUUUUCACGAGUCUAAAAAAAUGAAUUUUUUUAUAUGCGGCCAAAUCUUUCACCAAAAUGCGCUUACUCCACCUAUUUCUCUUGGCUUUACAAACCACUUUUUGAGAUUUGAUAAUCUAGUUCUACUCCUGAACAUCUCUCCUCCCCCUCUCCCUCUAGCUUUCCUACGAGAAGCCUUUAUGCCGCUACUGUCACUCCCAACAUCGAAUUUGCUCACAGUCCCUGUUGUUGUGCGAAAUAAACUAACUCGUAAUGAGUGGAGUAUGGCACAUCUCCUUUUAAUGGACACUGGUGCUGCUACUGUGAACGAAUGCGUGAGAAGAAACAUGACUAAGGGAAAUGAUAAUGAGUGCUCAUUCAAACGCAAGCCUGAAGUCGUGCGUGUCACAGAAUUCAUUUACUCUCAAAUACACAGGAAAGGGCGAAUCUCAGAAGCCAACUACGAGUUUGUACUCGAUUUUGUCAAAUUGGUAUUAGUCACUUGUGAGCAAGUUAUGCAGCUAAUUCUUUACAAUUUACCAUUUACGUAUGCAAAUCUAUUAUUCAGUUGCCAUUCAGUUUCAAGUAUAUGCUUAUUUACCUUCAUACAUGAAAAAGUCUGUAUGAAAAUAUUAGAAUAUUCAGUUCUCGUACUUAAAAUUUUAAUCUGGAAAUGUUGUCUCUUAUUGAAAUUUCUUAAAAGAGUUCAUUCGCCAAACUUUCUUGCACACCGUAUUCAUGAUGGUAUAUUUAACGGUCCUCAUGUCUCUUUCUCACCUCAUUUACUGUUUUACAAAAUAUUUUAUCGCAAUGUUUCGCACGAUUCACCAACUCUUGAUCUAAAUGAAACCAACCAAUUUCUAGUAGUGUCCAAAGAUUAUAAUAAUAAUAUUUUCUCCACUGUCAUACUUGCAUCUGAUUAUUUCUUAAAUUGUUUGAACAUUAGAAGCAAUAUUGGGCUAUCACAAAUAAGUAUGGUAAAAGAAAGGAAGGUUUUUAUGUCUGAUUUUGUUCAUUGUAACGGCCAUACCAGAAACCAUGACAACACGUACCUUGGCACAUUUAAGAAUUAUGAGGGCUUAAGGUUUAGGUUUCCUUCUAUAUCAGAUUACUUGUACUCACUACUUUAUUCCAAGCUUUAUACACACCUUGUUGAUCGAAAGCCCUGCACUAAGGAACAUGCUGGCUUCCUCUGCGUCACUGUAAACUCCAAAAUUUUGCAUAAAGAGUUACUGAAUUUUAGUGAAAUUGCAGUAUUCCAACAGAGUGCACUUUAUAGAAGUAAAUGUACUUCAGUUUGUACUACAUCAUUGGCUACAAUAAUUUUUGAAGCUAUGACGUAUUCAAAAUGGCUUUGUAUAAUCUACACAAUUAAUUCAAUUCAAAGAAACUUUAAAAUGCUGAAGCGUAGACUGCUCAGAUGGCAUUUAGGUACAUGCGGUUUCAGUGAGGUUAUGAUUUUUCUUAAUCAAAAUUUGUUGCUUUUAAAAUGA